AUGCAAGUUGCUUGCGUGGGACUGCUGCUCUUCAGUGUGACCUGGGCGGCACCAACAUUUCAACCACAGGCUGAGAAAACUAAGCAUGGCUGUGUGGAAGAACGAAGGAUAACGUACAAGGGCCACCAUAAGAAACAUGAGUAUUAUAUUUUUAAGUAUGCUUACACAUCACCUGGGAAGAAAAAUCAGACAGACGUAAAGGAAGAAAAAAACAAAGACAAUAUUGCCCUUCACCAUUUUGACAAGAGAAGGAAUCAAGGGCCACUACCUAGAGAAAAUAUUGUCUGGGAGAGACAGAAAGAUCUGUCCCUUUCUGAAGCCAAUGAAAAUAACCAAAGUAGUAAAUUCCAAAAUCUGUUUGCGAAUAGACAGACACUGAAUGAAGACCAUAGUAUCAGUCAAAAAGAGGAUGUCAACAAUGACCUCAAAAUAUCCAUUGAUUCCAAGUCAAUUAUGAAUAAAUGGACUGAGAAUGGAGAUGAUGCAAUCAGCACACUUCAUGACCAAGAAGAAUAUGGUGCAGCUCUUGUCAGAAAUAAUAUGCAGCAUCUCAUGGGGCCAGUGACUGUGAUUCAACCUUUGAUGGAAGAAAACAAAGAGAACAAACCUAGGAAUGUUCUAAGCAAAGUCUCAGCAGGUAAGCACUAUGCUAAAGGCCACUCAAAAGAUAAAAAGAAUUCUCAAAGAGAUUCCCGAACUCAGAAUAGUCCAGUAAAAAGCAAAAGCACCCCCCGUAUUCAAUACAACACUGACUACCUAAAACAUCUCUCAAAGGUCAAAAAAAUCCCCAGUGAUUUUGAAGGCAGUGGUUACACAGAUCUUCAAGAGAGAGGGGAUAAUGACAUCUUCCCUUUCAGUGGGGAUGGCCAACCUUUUAAGGACAUUCCUAGCAAAGGAGGAGCUAUUGGUCCUGACCUAGAAGGUACAGAUAUUCAGACAGGGUUUUCAGGCCCAGGUGAAGCUGAGACCACUGAUCCUGACACAACAGGGCCAGGUUACAAUGAGAUCCCAGAGAGAGAAAAAAAUGGCAGAGAUACCAUUGGAACCAGGGAUGAAACAGCAAAAGAGAAUGGGGUUGUUGAUGUUAGCCUUGUGGAGGGCAGCAAUGACAUCACGGGUAGCACCCCUUUUAAGGAACUGCCGGGGAAAGAAGGGAACAGAGUGGAUGCCAGCAGCCAGAAUGCUCAUCAAGGGAAAGUAGAGUUUCAUUUCCCUUCUGCACCCUCAAAAGAGAAAAGAAAAGAAGGCAGUAGGGAUGCAACCGAGAGUACCAAUUACAACGAAGUCCCUAAACAUGGCCAAGGCAGCACUAGAAAGGGUACGGCACAUUCCAGUAGGAACCAAGCAACCUGGAAUGAAAAACAGAGAUUUCCUAGUAAGGACAAAAGUCAGAGUCUGCUCGUUCCUUCUCAUGGAAUUGAUAAUGAAAUUAAAAAUGAAAUAGGUUCACAUAAUGGCCCCAACAGUGAAGAGAGCAUAAUCACACAGAGCAGAAAAUAUCAUUAUGGGCCCCAUAGACAAAAUAAGUCUACACGGAACAAGGGUAUGCCACAAAGGAAAGGCUUCCAGGGUUACAGAAAACCCCAUCCCAACAGGAGGCUCAGCCCCGCUGGAAAGGAUGACAGCAGCGAGUCAUCUGACAGUAGCAGUUCAAGUGAAAGCAAUGGCGACUAG